AAGUACGUGUGAAACAGAAUCUGAAGUUGAGAUAACUAUGUAUCAAAUAAAAUCUUAAAGAAUCACCGAAAUAAAAUAUAACCCCACGAUCCCGAGUAGUCAAAACCACUUGUAUAAGUCCAACCAAAACGAAACUUGCUUCUCCUCUCUGCACACUUUUCUCUUUUACAAUUGCAGUGCUGCAGAUUCUUCUAUCCACACUAUUACGGUUUUUGGCUUUUCUGCAGAUUUUUUGAGAAGUGGACAUGGGAAACUUAGCUACCAGAUUGUCCGUUUCUCCCAUCAAGGAGAGCUUGAGAAACUGGACUUCAAGCAUAAUGUGGACUCUAGUGGCCAACAAGGCACGGGCAUUGGGGCGCUUUGUGGUGUACAGAUUUUCUCAGAACAAGCAAAGUGAUGAAUCAACACCAAUCCUUCCGCCUGAGGUCAUUAUAGAGAUCCUGAGCUGGUUGCCCCUCAAGUCCCUAACAAAGGCUCAGCUCGUGUGUAAACAGUGGCGUGCACUGAUUCAUGACCAUUACUUCAUUCAAAAGCAUAUGGGUCAAAACUCUGUUGUUUGGCAUUGGUAUAAUGUUGUUCGGACCGGCCACAUUUCCCAUAUUGACUCUUUCUCUUACCUUCAUGGUUGUGAUGGCUUGCUACUCCUGAGGAAUAAUAGCUCGUUCAAGUAUUGCAUCUGGAAUCCGGCCACUCGCCGUGUUCUUGAAUUGCCUGAUCCACACAGUGGUAACUAUGGUUUUGUCUUCUGUUAUGUCCCAGCCACUGGAAACUAUAGAAUAGUGGCCAUUUACAACGAUCGAGAAAAUGGAAGAGAAGGCUGUGAAGUUUUUACUCCUGGUCACUCUAAGGAGUGGAGGCAAAUAACAUUUCCUUGUAUUAUGACUGCUAAUAAUGGAUACAGAUUUAAAGACAAUUGUUUCAUAGUUAUUAAAUCUGGUGAGGAACGUUGUGAACGGGUAGUGUCUCUAGAUAUGGGAACUGAAACUUUCACUGUAAAUCAUUUGCCAGAGGGUCUGACCUGCAAUCGGACAACGCUGUGGGAUUUAGAUUGGGAUGGGAAACUUGCAUUGGUCCAAAUAGUUGGAAAAAAUCUACAAGUGAUGGAGUUAGAAGACUAUAAGAAGCACAGAUGGUGUGCAAACAAGAAAGUCAUUCCUUUGCCGUCCAUGAACAAAGAUAAUGUUGUUGAGCCAAGUUUAUUCCCAUUGCUUGCUAAACAAGGUGAUAUAUGGUUUUGGUUGAAAGGUGAGAAAAUAUUUACUUACACAAUUAAGACUGGACAGGUCUGCGAUGUUAAGCAAUCACAAACCUUUUCACUAUCAAAUAAACUCUACCCGUACAAACCAAGCUUGGUUACCUUUGAAGGAAUGGUGCCAGACACAAUGUUAGAGAAACUGCGGCCUCGUCUCAGUUUUGAAUAG